AUGGCAUCAGCAUUCCACUUAUUCUCAGCACUUCCAAGAGAGCUUAGGCUAAAAAUCUGGGAGGACGCUAUUCGGCCAGAUCUGCCAGCGGUGCAUACGCUACGUCUACACGUCCCUGGCUCGAGAGUCCUAGGUCGCCCACAAGACACAAUCCAUUUCCCUCGUCGUCGCUCUGCCUACCGACUCAUUUCACAGACCGGUAAUUGUUUGUCCAUUCCAUUAUGGAACAAAUAUCUCACUGUCGUCGACAGUGACGGCGAUUUCAAUAUAUCGCCAUACUUAACCGAUGUCGGCUUGUGGACAGCUUGCCACGAGUCAAGGCUCACGAUACAAAAGCACUUUAAGAAUAAGCCAUUCCAAUAUACUCGCUUUCCUUCGUGGAAGGGGUACUACAUCUCUGGUGGUCCUCCUUUGUACCUCACAAUCUGUUACAGUAAUGAUCUAGUUAUCCUUAAGCUCGACAGGCUCAACUUUAGAAAAUGGGGUCGUGAGACAUUGGGCCGCUUACAAGACAUGAGGAACAUUGGUAUUGAGUACAGACACAAGUGGGCCAUAGAGCUUUACGAAGAAGACGAAAGGGGCGUUGAAGCCGAUGUAUUGAACAGGAUCGAUCGGUUCUGUAGGGCUGUCUACUACGGAACUCGCGUUUGGAUAAUCGACCAUAAUCUGAGACGAAAGGUAGACGCUCCUCCUUGCGAUGAAAAGCGUGGUCAAGAUUUCUGUUCAUGUGAGAAUGUUUCUUUUCAUGGGGCCGACAGAAAGUUCUCUAGCACUGGUCUCGAGAAGGGAGGGGACCGCCUGGCUCACUGGGAAUAUAUCAACCCUGUUGCAGAUGGAGAGCAUCGCAAGUCCUCGUUAUACUUUGCGGACCGACUGCAUGAGUUGUAUGAAGUGCGAUAUGAGGGGUCUGAGCAACGUACAGGAGCAAUCCCGGGACUUCUUGGGUGGGACCGUCUUUGA